AUGACGGUCAAGUUAGGUUGUAGCGGAUGCUGCAGGGAGGAGGAGUGCCCACGUGUGUCUGCAGCUGGAGGCCGACAGUGACUGGUCCUGGGUCUGAGCGCCCACCUCGGCUUCGGAGACCGGUAACCGCAGCUGUCUGAGUACCGGGGCUUGGGGUCAGAUAUGGGGGGGUCAGGGCUGAUGUCAGACAUGGGGGGGGUCAGGGCAGACAUGGGGGGGGUCAGGGCUGAUGUCAGACAUGGGGGGUUUGGGGGUCAGGGCUGAUGUCAGACAUGGGGGUUUGGUCAGGGCUGAUGUCAGACAUGGGGGUUUGGGGGUCAGGGCUGAUGUCAGACAUGGGGGUUUGGGGUCAGGGCUGAUGUCAGACAUGGGGGGUUUGGGGUCAGGGCCGAUGUCAGACAUGGGGUUUGGGGUCAGGGCUGAUGUCAGACAUGGGGGGGUUGGGGGUCAGGCUGAUGUCAAACAUGGGAAUGGGAGUCAGGGCUGAUGUCAGACAGGGGGUUUGGGGUAGGCUGAUGUCAGACAUGGGGUCAGGGGCUGAUGUCAGACAUGGGGUUUGGGGUCUGAUGUCAGACAUGGGGGUUUGGGUCAGGGCUGAUGUCAGACAUGGGGGUUUGGGUCAGGCUGAUGUCAGACAUGGGGUUUGGGUCAGGCUGAUGUCAGACAUGGGGGUUUGGGGUCAGGGCUGAUGUCAGACAUGCGUCAGGACAGUCAGGGCUGAUGUCAGACAUGGGGGUUUGGGGUCAGGGCUGAUGUCAGACAUGGGGGUUUGUCAGGGCGAUGUCAGACAUGGGGGUUUGGGGUCAGGGCUGAUGUCAGACAUGGGGUGGGGUCAGAUGUCAGACAUGGGGGUUUGGGGCUGAUGUCAGACAUGGGGUUUGGGGUCAGGGCUGAUGUCAGACAUGGGGUUUGGGGUCAGGGCUGAUGUCAGACAUGGGGGUUUGGGGGUCAGGGCUGAUGUCAGACAUGGGGGGUCGCCCGGCUGAUGUCAGACAUGGGGGUCAGGGCUGAUGUCAGACAUGGGACAGGGUCAGACAUUGGCUGAUGUCAGGCUGAUGUCAGACAUGGGGUGCGAUGUCAGACAUGAUGUCAGGCUGAUGUCAGGGGGGGGCUGACUUGAUGUCAGACAUGGGGGUCAGGUCAGGCCGAUGUCAGACAGAUGUCAGACAUGGGAAUGGGCUGAUGUCAGACAUGGGGGUCCUGAUGUCAGACAUGGCUGGGUCAGGGCUGAUGUCAGACAUGGCUGAUUAGGGGUCAGGGCUGAUGUCAGACAUGGGGGGGGUCAGCGAUGUCAGACAUGGGGGUUUGGGGUCAGGGGCUGAUGUCAGACAUGGGGGUUUGGGAGUCAGGCUGAUGUCAGACAUGGGGCUCUGGGGUCAGGGCUGAUGUCAGAUUAUGGGGUUUGGGGUCAGGGCUGAUGUCAGACAUGGGGGUUUGGGGUCAGGGCUGAUGUCAGACAUGGGGGUUUGGGGUCAGGCUGAUGCAGACAUGGGGGUUUGGGGGUCAGGGCUGAUGUCAGACAUGGGGGGUUUGGGGUCAGGGCUGAUGUCAGACAUGGGGGCUUGGGGGUCAGGGCUGAUGUCAGGCAUGGGGGUUUGGGGUCAGGCUGAGGUCAGACAUGGGGUUUGGGGUCAGGGGCUGAUGUCAGACAUUGGGGGGUUUGGGGGUCAGGGCUGAUGUCAGACAUGGGGGGGGGUUUGGGGGUCAGGGCUGAUGUCAGACACUGGGGGAGGGGGUUUAAUGUUAGACAUAGAGGGUGGGGCAGGGUUAUGUCGGGGUUCACCGUGGCCAUCCCUACCUUACAGCCUCAGUCGGGGCUGACAGGGCAUGAUUACAGGAGUAUGGCAGGUCCCCAGAGGCACACAGUUAUAGUGGGAAUAUAUAGAUUUAAAAGUGAAUCUUUGAUUUGAGUAGUGAGACUGCAGGUGCAUGAUCUAUACACCAAAAUCGCCUCAUUUAAGCAAAGUUGUUUUGGUGCUUAGUGUAUCCCGUUUAAGACAAAAUGGCCAAAUUAAUAACUUCCCUGACUUGAAUUUUUUUUCCCUAAUUCAGCUAGUUUGCUUUAAAAUGUAAAAUGUAUUUAUUUUGUAUUUACUUUAGUGAACAACACUGUAAGUACUGGAGUUUCCAUAUUAUCUAUUAUCUAUCUAUUUCUCAUGGUUAGCAGGUAGAGUAGGAUGAUAAGGUUAAAACGUUAUUCACUUUAAGGGGGUAGUUCCUGGAAAGUGAAAAAUCUUAAAAUAAGUGUUAUAGUGGGAAGCUAGAUGUUUUAAUAUAAGUGAUAUUCAUGGAAAAAAAUCUUGUAAUUUACAUUAGCAUGAGCAGUGUUCUUUAUCAGAACCAGUGCUGGUGCCAGUAGUUUGCUAACUUGAGACCAAUAAAAGGCUUUAUGUCCAUAAAUGUGACCUGGUAUAUGACUCCAAAGACUGGUUGAUUAACACAACUGGAUGUGAGUUCCCACACAGUCACAAAGAAGCUCUUGACAUACAUUUAGGAAACAUAGAAUGCGACGGCAGAUAAGAACCAUUCGGCCCAUCUAGUCUGCCCAAUUUUCUAAAUACAGUGGGACCUCGGUUUACGAAUUUAAUGCGUUCUCUGGGACGCUUAUUGCAAAACAUUUGUAAACCGAAACGUGGUUUCCCAUAGGAAUGCAUUGAAAACCAAUUAAUCUGUUCUGCAGGUCAGAAAAAAAGUAAAAAUUAGCUGGCAUGGAAACCAACCCACAAUGCAGAACACACAACAAAAGACAUGCAAACGACGAAGCUUAGCUCCCUACCUUUCCACAGUUUGAGGAAUGCACCAAAAAGUCCCAAAACAACUGCAAACAAUUUCCAGAAUGGCUCCAAAACUCGAUGCAAAAGCUGCUCCAACACCUCCACACUCGAUGCCACGUGCUACCCACAGCCUCCAGCAUGCACGGGGCGGCGCGAUAAACCUCCCAGGCGCAAUGCAUCCUGGGGAAAUUUGCUUUGUAUUGCGAAUUUUUUUUUUUUUAACCGAGGCAUUAUUUUCAAUGGAUUUUCGUUUGUAAACCAAAACUUAUGUUAACUGAGACGUUUGUAAACAGAGGUCCCACUGUACUUUCAUUCGUCCCUGGCCUUAUCUUAUAGUUAGGAUAGCCUUAUGUCUAUCCCACGCAUGCUUAAACUCCUUUACUGUAUUAACCUCUACCACUUCAGCUGGAAGGCUAUUCCAUGCAUCCACUACCCUCUCAGUAAAGUAAUACUUCCUGAUAUUACUUUUAAACCUUUGCCCCUCUAAUUUAAGACUAUGUCCUUGUUGUGGUAGUUUUUCUUCUUUUAAAUAUGGUCUCCUCCUUUACUGUGUUGAUUCCUUUUAUGUAUUUAAAUGUUUCUAUCAUAUCCCCCCUGUCUCGUCUUUCCUCCAAGCUAUACAUGUUAAGAUCCUUUCCUUGUAAGUUUUAUCCUGCAAUCCAUGAACUAGUUUAGUAGCCCUUCUCUGAACUCUCUCUAAAGUAUCAAUAUCCUUCUGAAGAUACGGUCUCCAGUACUGUGUAAAAUACUCCAAGUGAGGUCUCACCAGUGUUCUGUACAAUGGCAUGAGCACUUCCCUCUUUCUACUGCUAAUACCUCUCCCUUUACAACCAAGCAUUCUGCUAGCGUUUCCUGCUGCUCUAUUACAUUGUCUGCCUACCUUUUAAAGGGAAACUCCAGUGCGAGGAAAACAAUCCGUUUUCCUGGCACUGCAGGUCCCCUCUCCUUCCCACCCCCCAAUCCCCGUUUGCUGAAGUGGUGAAAACCCCUUCAGUUACUUACCAGAGGCAGCGACGAUGUCCCACGUCGCUGCUUCUUCCGCCGCCGCUCCUCCCAGUGAUUGCGUCGGCCGGUGGGUGAGACUGAUCCUGCCCACCGGCCCUGGAGACCUAAUGCGCAUGCGUAUUAGAGCUCCCCAUAGGAAAGCAUUGAAAAUGAUUUUCAAUGCUUUCCUAUGGGGAAAUGAGCGAAGCUGGAGGUCCUCACACAGCGUGAGGACGUCCAGCGACGCUCUAGCACAGGUUUUCUGUGCUAUAGAGCUGGAAGUGCCCUCUAGUGGCUGUCUAGUAGACAGCCACUAGAGGUGGAGUUAACCCUUUAAGGUAAUUAUUGCAGUUUAUAAAAAAACUUAAGCGUAGUGGGAGAUGGCACCCAGACCACUCCAAUGGGCAGAAGUGGUCUGUGUGACUGGAGUGUUCCUUUAAAUCAUCAGAAAUAAUUACCCCUAAAUCCUUUUCCUCAGAUAUUGAGAUUAGGAAUCAAAUAAUAUCAAAUAUUCUGUCCUCUGCCCUUGGGUUUUUACGUCCAAGAUGCAUUAUCUUGCACUUAUCAACAUUAAAUGUCAGUUGCUCCAACUCUGACCAUUUUUCUAGUUUACCUUAAUCAUUUGCCAUUUGGCUUAUCUCUCCUGGAACAUCAAAACUGUUACAAAUCUUAGUAUCAUUAGCAAAAAGACAUACCUUACCAUCAAGACCUUCUGCAAUAUCACUAAUAAAAACAUUAAAGAGAAUGGGUCCAAGUACAGAUCCCUGAGGUACCCCACUGAUCUUUGAUAAAAUAUUCGCCUUAGUGACAUUGCUUCCUUCUGAGUUCAUAGUUAUCUGUGACAGGCAGACCGUGUGGCCUUGAAGAUAAUUCUGUCUGUGCCUUAAUCUCUUUUUGCCUAUAAUGCAAAUUUAUGGAAUUAAUAUUCAAUAUUAAGUUGCAGCUCUAGAAAAUGUACUGAUAAAUGGAGAUUUUAUAGCUUACACUCCCACUGAGUCUAAUAUUUUCUGUGUUAUUUUACUUUUCAUAUGGUUAUUCACUAGCCAACGCAUUGCACAUAACCUGCAAGAGAAUUGUUAAUUUUAAGCCAAGUGUUUUCCAUUUGAGAUGUUAUGGAUAAUCACACAUUUUAGUCCAAAGUUCUCGGUUUGGUAAAUAGCUCUCUGAGUUCUUUGUGUUUCUGACUGUUUUCUUCUUCUCGUUUGUACAGUUCAUUCCGCCACUCUGUGUCCCAGUAGCCGUAAUUCGAUGGAAGGAGCUGGGGCUGGUGGAGGGUCUGGCUCAGCCAGUCCGGAGCCACAAGAGGCACCAGCUCCGGCUGUAGAGUUUCACGAGGAUGAAGAAAUUAUAGAGGUGCUGGAACUCAAUGAUGCAGAACCUGACCCAGGUAACAGUGGAAUCAGGGUUUGUUGUCCUGUACUGUGUGAAAAAAUAGAUGGGCAAAGCAAUGAUCUAAUCGCUGCUAAAUGCAAAAGCCACGAUUGUAUACUUACUUUUUUUGACCUCUCUACUGCCUUUAUCACUUUUGUCAUGUCCUCCUUCUUUAUAAAUAAAACCCAGAUCUAUCUCUGCUGUCCUCGAAUGCAUCACCGGUUGCCUUUCUUCCAUCCCCGAUUGGAUGUCCUCGUGCUUAAUGAAACUCUGUCUCUCUAAAACUGAGCUUAAUUUUCCUCCUCAUAAUAUUAAUCUCUUUCACACUCUCUGCAAGUUGAUGGUACCUGCAUCAGCACAUCCUUGCAAGAUAGCUGUUUGGGUGUUAUCUUUGAUUCUGGCCUCACGUCCAGUCUAUUGCCACAUCCUGCCGAUUUCACCUUAAAGGAACACUAUAGUCACCUAAACAACUUUAGCUUAAUUAAGCAGUUUUAGUGUAUAUAUAAUGCCUCUCAGGUUUUACUGCUUAAUUCUCUGGCAUUUAGGAGUUAAAUCACUUUGUUUCUGUUUAUGCGGACCUUGACACACCUCCACUGGCUCUGGUUGACAGAGCCUACAUGGAAAAAAAAAAACUGGUUUCGCUUUCAAUCAGAUGUAAUUUACCUUAAACAAUUGUAUCUCUUUCUCUGUAAAUGAAACUUUAAUCACAUACAGGAGGCUCUUGCAGGGUCUAGCAAGCUAUUAACAUAGCAGCGGAUAAGAAAACCUAACUUAAACAGAACUUGCAAUAAAGGAAGGAUAAACUUUAGAUGACUUUUUACAGGAAGUAUUUAGGAAGGCUGUGCAAGUCAAGUGCAGGGAGUUGUGACUAGGGUUCAUAAACAAAUGGAUUUGACUCCUAAAUGACAGAGAAUUGAGCAGUGAGGCUGCAGGGGCAUGUUCUAUACACCAAAACUGCUUUAUUAAUCCAAAGUUGUGUUGGUGACAAUAGUGUCCCUUUAAACAUUGCCCACGUCUGCCCCUUUCUUAUGUAAGAUGCUGCUAAGGAUCUUGUUCAUGCUCAAGUAAUGUCUUGUAUUGAUUACUGUAAUGCACUCCUAAUCGGUCUCUCAAAAAGCCGUACUGCUUCGCUACAAUCUGUAAUGAAUACUGCCGCGAGGCGGAUUCUUCUCUCCUGUCGCUCCUCUCACACCUUGCCCCACUGUCGAAAAUGCUAACCUUUGGCUAUAUAACCAGUCUUGGUCUCUCCGCUCUGCCAUGUCUGCUGCUCGCACCAUUACUGCUAACUUGUGUUUGCAGGACUUCCCACAGGGGGCGAGGGGGGACUCCUUUUCUUUGAAACAGCCUGUCUACCCCCAUCAGAAUCUUCCCUAGUCGUCCGUCAUUUAGAAAGUCCCUCAAAACCUAUCUCUUUAGAAAAACUAUUGGCUUCCCAGAGUAGCUUUAUCUACUUUAUAAACUCUUAAAGGAUCACACUCCACUCUUUCCCACCUUGUUGUUUAGUUGCGUUUCCUUAUUCUGUCCUUUCUAUUGUCUUACUAUACCCCAGCUCCUGUAGACUGUAAGCUUGUUUGAGCAGGGUCCUCAUCAACCUAUUGUUUCUGUUACAUUUUGAAAUUGUCAAAUUUAUUGAUACAUUUCCUCCUUUUUUAUAAUAAUGCAAAGUGCUGCGGAAUAAGUUGUCGCUAUAUAAAUACCGAUAAUAAUAAUGACAGCCUCCUCUUCCAAGAAACCAACCUCCUGUUACAAAUUCCUAUUAAUGAUGAUUAAUGAUGAAACACUUUGUACAUAAAUGUUUCUUCUGGGCAAUACCCUCUAACACAAGCUCUAUUUCAAUAAUCACGUGGAGGGGAAAAACAGGAAGUGAAAUAAUAAUAUAAGAGAAAAUGUGUGAGGCUGAUUUGAACUGUGUAUGUAUGCUUAAGGGAACAAAGGAGAUAUUGAUGCUCAAGGUACUUCCACUGGGUAAUUCCAACCCAGGAUCCAUGAGAUAAACAAGUCUUUACUCCACACUCUCUACUAACUGGACUAUACCUGCAGUUGGGAAUUUUCUUUUUUUUUUUUUUUUCUCUUUAACUUGAACAUGUUUACAUUUUAUUUGAAUGUUGAAAAUUCAUUUACCAUUCAUCUUGUCUCGUAUAUUGACAAAUUCAAUAGUGAAUACAAUCAAGAGAAAAGCGUAUUUACUUAAACUUAAUAUACGGUAGUACCUGUUGAGUAAGCGACAACGGUAUUUUUCUUUUUUGAGCACUUUCUUUUCUUAAGUACGUGUAUUUAAAAAAAAAAAAAAGCUCAUCCCAUUUGUCGCCAGCAUACUGACGACAGACGUAAUUUUUGCACAGGAUUGAUAUUGGGCAGCCCGGCCACAUUGUGACCACAAUCUUAUUAGUGCAUCGGCAAUCUGAGAAUCAGAUGAUAAAUUUGAAGUUUGCAUCUCUAUCUUGGAUUGCAUCUAUAAUGUAUAAAUAGAAUUGAAUGUGCUAUAGAGUACCACCAUGUCAUGUGUUCUUGAGCAGUUUCAUGUUAAAACUAAAUGUGUUCUUCUGUGACAUGACGUUACUGAGAUUAUGAGUGUUCCGCUCUACCAUUACUGAUCCACGUUUUUCCUUCUCGCAGAUGAUCUCGCAAGUGACAUGGAGGAUGUAGAUUUUGCUGAUGAGCCAGAGGCAGGAGAAAUGGCUGAUGAGGAAUGGGAAACUGAGGAUGAGGGUGUAGAGGAAGGUGCCGAGCCUCAUGAUGAUAGUGAGCUGACUUUCUCCAAACAUACAGGUACAAUUUUUAUAAAUACAAGUGUGCACACACACAAAACAAAAAAUAAUUAAUCCCUCAAAGACAGUGGGGGUCCAAUGCCGUCCUUGGGAACCCGGUCCUAAACCAUCGCAAUGGGGGGAUCUUACCUGGCAUCCUAGAGAGUUCCCCUGCAGCUGAUUCAUCCCUCCUGGGCCAUGUGGUCGCGAUGAAAAAAUAUUCUGAACACACUGUCCCAUAGUGUUUCUUAACACCCUGUCCCAUAGUGUUUCUUAACACCCCUCUCCCCUGUCCCAUAAUGUUCCUUACCACCCACUCCCCUCCCCUGUCCCAUAGUGAUCUUUAACCCCUCCCCUGUCCUGUAGUGAUUUUUAACCUCCCCUCCCCUGUCCCAUCAUGAUCUUUAACCCCCCCUCCCCUGUCCCAUAGUGAUCUUUAACCCCCUCUCCCCUGUCCCAUGAUCUUUAACCCCUCCUGUCCCUGUCCCAUCUGACAUAGUGACCUCCUGAACCCUCCUGUCCUGUCCUCCUAGUCCAACAGUGAUCUCCCUCCUGUCCUCCCCUGUCCCUAACCCUCCCCUGUCCCAUAGUGAUUUUUAACCCUCCCUCCCCUGUCCCAUAGUGUGUCCUUUACCCCCACUUUAACCCCCCCCUGUCCAUGAGUGAUUUUUAACCCCCCCCUGUCCCAUAGUGUUCUUUAACCCCCCCCUCCCCUUAUCCAAUAGUGUUCUCCCCCCUCUCCUUUGUCCAAUAGUGUUCUCCUCCCCUAAUCCCAUAGUGUUCUCCCCAUCCAAUGGUGUUCUCCCCCUCCUUGUCCAAUAGUGUUCUCCCCCACUCCCCUCAUCCCAUAGUGUCUCCCCCUCCUCUUGUCCUAUAGUGAUCUUUCCCUCCCAUAGUGUCCCUUAGUUACUUAUGUGUAUUGUUGCGUGGACCGGCAGAACAGCGCGCACCGCGGUACAGGAUCUUAAAUUUCCGUUUCCAGUACCCAGCCGGACUGAAAGGAAGUGUGCACACUGAGUGCGCACUUCCUUUCAUUCCAUCCAGAAACUGAAAUUUAAGUGUUAUUGCAUUCAGUGAAUGUUAAAUCUUUCAACACUAUUUAAAACACUGCCAGUACCAUGAUGGAUUUCAAAUGUUGAGUGAUGACACAAUGGUCCCCUUCCGUUAUUCAGUUCCAGACUAAUGGCGAGAGUAAUAGGAGUUACAAUCCACAAUAUUUGCAAUGCCUGUAAAGUUUAGGGUGUACACCGCUGUAGCCCAAAACGUUAAUGACAUUGGAAUGUCUCAAGACAUCUGUAAAACCUCAGUUGCAUUCAGUGAAUGUUAAAUCUUUCAACACUUAAAAAUACGGUAAUAUGUGUUGGUGCAAUAAAUGACAGAGAUGCAAAUUGCGUUUGAACACAAACAGCAAAACAUGCUUAUGUCCUUAAGGGUAAGUCCAGUUUUUGAAGCAGCGUCCUUAAGGGGUUAAGGCCUUUAUUAGGGGUAUAUACAGGUUAGUUGUCCCUUCAAACUUUCAUUGCAGUGGGUUCAGAAGUGUGUUGCAAUAUAAAGAUAUGAGAGAGGGGAGAGAUUUAAAAUAAAUAAAUAAAAUACUCUUAGAGUAUUGAAUCAAUUGAAAUCCCUGCAAUGAAAGUUUUGAGAGAACACCUAACCUGCAUAUACCCCUAAUACAGCCCUUUAACUCCUUAAGCACACAUGCCAUGUGUGACAUGUCAUGAUUCCCUUUUAUUCCAGAAGUUUGGUCCUUAAGGGGUUAAAGACAUUUAUUGUUUAAAGCGCUACGGAAUCUGUUGGCGCUAUAUAAAUGGCAAUAAUAAUAAUUGUUUACAUAUGUGUUCUAUUUAGUGCAUUACUUGGAAGCAUUGUUAUACAAAGUCUGUAUGUUUAUACAGCUACAAUAAUCUGGUUAUGGCAUAUAGUGAGCACACAGGUGUAAAGUAUUGUACAUUGAAUGAGCAGGAAGUAACUGUUUAUGAUGUGGUUAUUAUUGUGGUCUGGUAGUCUCCUACAUCCUUGUGUGGUUCUAAGCUGUGUAAUUGUUUUGACUCUUAGUGUGUGUUAUUCCCUCAGCCUCAGUCUUCUGUGUGAGCCUUGAUCCUAAGGAGAGUAUCCUCGCUGUGACGGGGGGAGAGGAUGAUAAAGCUUAUGUUUGGAGGAUCUGUGAUGGGGAAACACUGUUUGAGUGUACAGGUAAAUGUACUCAUUACAUACUAUAACAUACUAAAUUGUUAUCACUUGCUAGAGUUACAUACUAAACUGAAAAUUGUCUGAAAUUCAAAGGAAUUUAAAAUUUAAGGAUUAAAUUAAAUUUCUUAUACUUUGGCCUUAAAUUUUAAAUUAACUUUGAAUUCCUGUCUAUUCUCACUUUAGGGAAUAACUGUAUAACUUUUUGUUGUUGUAAAUCUCUCCUUGUAAAAGGUUCUGUUAAUGGAUUAUCAAAUAUUAAUAUCAGUGAUCCAGGGGCCUUCCCCCUGUAGCUAUUGGAAUGAUGCAACUGCUCUGGCAAUAUCAUAUGACUAUUUCCUUUAAUUCACAUUAUCUGCCUCCCCUCCCCAGGUCACAAGGAUUCUGUUACCUGUGCCUGUUUUAGCCACGAUUCCAGCAUGGUGGCCACUGGGGACAUGGGUGGCCUCCUCAAGGCGUGGAAAGUGCAAGGUGGGGAAGAGAUAUGGUCUUUUGAAGUUGGUGACUUAGAGGUAAGAAAAGAAAAUGAAUGUUAAUUUUUGUGCAAAUGACUGCUUUUCCAGUGACUUGGAAUGGCAUUAGAUGCACAAUAGUCCUAAUUCAAAUAAUUCAAGAUAUCUGUUAAAAACACUGCCAGUAACAUGAUGGAUUCCAAAUGCUAAGUGAUGACACAAUGGUCCUCUUCUAUUAUUCAGUUCCAGACUAAUGGCGAGAGUAAUAGGAGUUACAAUCCACAGUAUUGUCAAUGCCUGUAAAGUUUAGGGUGUACACCGCUGUAGCCCAAAAUGUAUCAUGAUCUGUUAUCUUACGAGUGGUAAUAUUCUGUAAAUGUACACUUGCUAUGAAAAGGUUAACUUGGCUUUGGUUAUAAGUUAAUGACAUUGGAAUGUCUCCUAGGAAUUUAGUAAAACCUAAUUUGCAUUCAGUGAAUGUUAAAUCUUUCCUAUUUUUGGUGGCACCAUUUCCUUUCUAGUGCCUAUUUUAUUAUUCUCUAGAUUUUACUUUUCUUAAUCUGACUGCCUGUGCUGUUAAUGGGUGACCUGUGGCACUCUGAUGCUCAACGUAUGUAGUCCACGACAGCUGAAUUGUCAGAGGUUGCUCCAAAUUGUCUUUGUUAGCUUGCCCAUUGGCUGACUGAGUAUGCGGGAAAUGUAGUCCACAAAAGAUAGCUUGCCAUCUAUUGCUUUCCCUGCAGUGUUUACAAAGUGUAUUUUUUCAUGCAAUUUCUGGUUUUGUGAUGGUUUUUGUGUCCAUCUCACUGUAUUUUGUAUGUUUGUUACCUUUUCGCUGUGCGUCUUUCUUUCCUGUUAUUAAUGUUUUACUCUUUCCUUCACUGACAGUGGCUGGAGUGGCACCCUGGUGCCCCUGUAUUGUUGGCAGGCACUGCUGAUGGAAACACCUGGAUGUGGAAAAUACCAAGUGGAGAAUGCAAGACCUUCCAGGGCUCCAACUGCCCAGUCACCUGUGGACAGUUCCUGCCUGAUGGUUGUAUAUAUAUAUAUAUAUAUUUUAUUUUUUUAGUUAGGUAGUAUGUAUGGGGUGAAACAUGAACAUUCCUCUGGUUGUAGUGUUGUUGGAGUUUGUGAAAGUAAUUAUAAGGUCCGAGUGUCCUGCUUACUGUUUUUCUCUGUAUGUUAAAGUGUUGAAUGGAUAAAAUUCCUUUAGAGCUCAGUUUGUGAAUUAGUCUUCCAGUGAUUUAAUGCUUCCUAAAUCCCUAAAUCUUGGCCAGCAAACUGGUAAGCGUGCUAGUAAACGCAAGAAGGGAAUUGGGGGCACACCCAGAACAUGCAUUUUGCAGGAAUGGUGCUGCCAUAGUCACAAAAAUGUAUCCAUUAAUACAGAUUAAGUUACAGCGCACACCUAAAAAUAAAUUUUUAACUUUUACAAGGCUACUUAAAAUCUCCUAUCUCAGCACACCCCAAUAUCGGUGGGCUCUAUUUGAAUUCCAAUGUGGGAGACAAAUUAAAUACUCCUAGUCCUAAAUAAAUCAAAGUGUAUUUUAAUAAUCUGUUGUAAGAGGAUUGUGUAACAUUAAUGUUAUAUAAUUAAACAUAAAAUUCAGUGUCAAAACGAAACGAUUAAAGUGAUAGUGCUUUGAUGUAUAUACUGAAAAUGCAUAUAAUGUAUCUGCUCUGUGAAAAUUUAUAAUUAACGUGAUAUUACUAUCAAUAACCUCCUCAAAUUCAUACUUUUCUGUGGUCACCUCUGGACCUUGUAAAUUUAAAAAUGUAUUUUUCUGUGUACGCUGUCCCUUAAUCUGUACUUUGCAGUGAUAGACAGAUUAUUUUGAAAAACCCAUGUGGAUGGUGGUGUAAUUUCUUUGAAAGCACUGUUAUUGGUUGGAGAAACCCUUUAUGCAAGAUAGGGGCUUCUUUGUCGUACAAGUGACCCAGGUUUUUGCCCAAUGUGGCAAUGGGCAGAAGUUCCUCCACUUCAUCCUGCUGUUUCCCAUCAGCAGUCAGUUGCAAUGUCGGCUGAAGUUAACAUGCAUCUCUACUGACCUUGCCUAGACCCCCAUUUUGCACGUGUGAUAGUACAUUAUUAAUGUAGCUCUUAUCAGUGCCGCUAGAAGCUUGACCGGCAGUAGAAUUAACAGGCAGAUCCUUACCUUUGCCCCUGCCGAUCUACUCCCCCAAUAAAUCCCUAUCCCCCACAAGUGACAGUGCAUCUCAAAAAAUCAACAUUUGUAUUUUUGUGUUAAAGGUAGACUGAAAUAAUUUCCAUUUAGCUCGGUGUCAUUAGUACAUCAUCUGGUGUAGAAGACCAUAAAUAACAUGAAUAACCCUAAUAAGUAAUGUGAUGGCGUUUCUUUCUCGGUGUAUAGGAAAGAAAGCCGUCGUUGGUUAUGAAGAUGGCAGUGUGCGAAUUUGGGAUCUGAAACAGGGAAGCACUGUCCAUGUUGUUAAAGGUGAAGCUCUCUGCACAAAUCUUUCUACAUCGCUGCGUCCUCUUGGCACAAUAAGAUGCUUUCAUGGUUAUUCACUAAGGGGGGAACUGUAAGCAUAGCAGUUUUUGCCGUUUACUAUUAUAUUUUAUUAGUAUUUUUUUAGGAGAACAUCACAGUAAAUUCCUGAUAAAACCGAACUGUGCACAUUUGUACUCUUGGCUGUUGACUAACAUGGGGAAAAGUUUAUAUAUAUGUAAUUUCAGGCAAACCAUUUGCACAUGCCAGUGGUUGCCUGGGAGCAUAUUGGCGAGCAGGGGCCACUUUCCUUCAAGGUUCCUAGGUGGCUAUUGGCAGUUAAGUGACACUUUCCUGGGAUGCUUAGACACCUAUUCGUAAACAGGGUUUACUGGAAUAAAAGUGUGUUUAAUGGUGAGCAGUUGUCAUUUUCCUAUAGAGCCUGUGCAUCUAUUGGCAUGCAAGGGCCACUUUCUGGGGUUGCCUGAGUGGCUAUUGGCAAGAAGGGGACACUUUCCAAGGUUACCUUGGUGCCUUUUUGUAAGAAUUUUAAAUAAAAAAAAAAAAUACUUUUUCAAGCUAAAAAAAUACUUUUAUAUAAAACUUUUUUUUUGCCCCAAAUAUUUUGCCUACCACAUAUAUUUAUAAUACAUAUAUAAUCUUACUCUUUCUCUAUCCUUAAUUCAAAGCCCCCAAAUGCUGUUUAAUCUCUUGGUCUGAUCGUUUUUAUUUUAUUUCAGGUAGUGAUGGCCAUAAUGGUCCUUUGACAUGUGUUUCAUCGAAUGCAGACGGAAGUCUGGUCUUAACAGGCUCUGUUGAUUGUGACACGAAAAUGGUGAACACAGCAACUGGAAAAGUGAGUCUUAUAGUUCAAGGACAAAGAAGUAGACGAAAAUCUGUCCCUAUAAUAAAAAUCUCGAAGAUACUUUAUUUAUACAAAUAAGGGUGGUGCAUACAUCCAAAUAUAACUGUCUAGCUCAGACAGAGAAAAUGGUAUGGGGAGCAUACACACAGAAAAAAGGAGGUGGGGGGGAGUAAAUACAAAACAGACACAAGAAAAAUAAUAAUUGACAAAGCUGAUAACCGCAAUCUCCAAGGUCACAAUAUAAUAAAAACCAAAAUAAUCCCCCUGACGAGCCUUUAAACCAGGCGCGUCAGGUUCUGACUCCGUUCUGACAUCUCCUCUACAUCUACGUUUGCAUCCUUUUUCUCUCUAUUUGCUGUGGUCUAGAUUUGCCAUCCUUCAAUAGCCCAAUGACCCUUUUGGGUACUUCCAGGAUUAGACUAACCAUGCUAGCCAUUUUAGUUAGCGGGAAGUAACAUAUUAAUCAGUCCUGAUAUUACUGUCUGCAUCUCUCUCUCCUCCACGGCAUUUGUGCUGCGGUUUGGACCGUUUAUUUCACGAUAACCUAGUGAUUUAUUUUUGGUAACCGUUGAACUUGGCUGAUGAUGAGUCCACUUCUAAUUAUUGGGAAGCAAAAUACCGAUCAGGGUACUACCGAAAGCUUAGCUAUAUUGCCACUACAUCUUAUUAACAGUAAUUUUUGAUCUUUUUGCUCCAUCAAUCUUUACCUUCUUUGUACUUUACUGUUACUAGUGUCCAUAAAGGCACUAUCCCUAUCUGAUCUUACCAUCUAUCUAUCUAGGUAUCUUACAAAUUUACUAUUUAGUAAGUUUGGUUGGACAUCUAGCGACCGCACUGAUCGCGAUCUAUUUGGAUCGUGCAGUGCUACAUGCUCCACUGUUUUGUAUGAUUCACACACUAUCUAGUCAGCUGUGUCCAUACUGGACUAGAGUUCAGGCUUUCAAUUGACGGAGUACACUGGCUCCAUAGUGCCACCUGUUAAAGCCUCUGAAUUGUUACGAAUCACUACUGUAUACAUUGUAUUUACCUAAUGAUACAUUUUUUGUAAAGAAUUGUAGCAAGCUGAGGAUGUUGAGUCAGCUAUCUGCAUAUUUUACAGUUUUCUUCCUAUACUGCCGUAUCUGAUUCUACUAUACUGUCUUUAAUAGCUUCGCUUGUUAUUUUGGUUUUUAGUAUAUCGUGACCUUGGGGAUUGCUGUUAUCAGCUUUGCUCCAGAUCACCUAUCUGGAUUUAUGUCAAUUAUUAUUUUUCUUCGUAUCUGUUUUGUAUUUACUCCUUUCUCCCCCUCCUUUUUUCUGUGUGUAUGCUCCCCAUACCAUUUUCUGUGUCUGAGCUAGACGGUUAUAUUUAGAUGUAUGCACCACCCUUAUUUGUAUAAAUAAAUAUCUUUGAGGUUUUUAUUAUAGGGACAGAUUUUCCUCUACUACUUUGUCUCACUAUCUUAGGGUUACCCCCUUAUCUGUUCCUUCGAUUUUUGGAUAAUCCCUCUGGCCAACUUUUCUUGUUAUAUUAUAGUUCAAGGAGUCUCAUUUGAAUUAGAAAUUGUAAUUGCAAAAAUCCUGUAUGCUGGGACAGGACCUGUUUUUACUCUGCACAUCGAAUCUAUACAUUGUGCUAAGUAUUUGACCUGAUAUCCAGUUCCACGCUAGGUGAAUGUUUUCACAGUGAAAACACACUUACAUGAAACACACUUACCUCCUCAUCACUUCAGAGCUCAGAGCAAAGUUACCGUUUCACAAGCACGCGGGCAUCUGAUGAGAAAUGUGCCCAUGGAUUUCUUCCAUAGUACUGCCUAGAAUUCAUGCUCCCACGUUUAUCGCACCUGCUGGGUAAAAUUCACUUCAAAUUCAAGCACACAAUGCAAAUUACACGAUUCAAUCUGUUUUAUUUUUAAUGUAAAGGUAUAGGCGAAUACCUUUUAAAUUAUAAAUGUCAGAUGUGACAGUACCAUUUUUAAUAUGUGGACAUAUAUAUCUCUCCUUAAUCAUUUGCAGUUUAAAAUGGGAUCUGCUGAGUUAUUUGGGCAUGGCUUCUUUUAAAUUCGAACUGUCGCUUUUCUGGAGUAUACAACAUUAAAUACAGUUUGUGUUAACCUUUUUUCCAUGAGUCCAUGUUUUUUAUUUAUAUUGAAGGCUUUACAAAUGGCAUUACAAUUCAGUUGAGACAAGACAACAAUUCCAAUGAAGAGAAGAAAUAGAUACAUCUUCUCCUCAUCUCUGUACGCUCUCUCUAUGCGAACUGCAAUGUGCACAGGGCAGAGCUUAUAACAAUGACUGAAAGAGGCUAAGAUGGAGGUGGCUCUCUCUAUGCGAACUGCAAUGUACACAGGGCAGAGCUUAUAACAAUGACUGACAGAGGCCAAGAUGGAGGUGCAGUGUCAGAAUUAAAAGACGGGGAUAACUACAUUUAUAUUUUUUUACACCUCACAGAUAUUAGUUAAAUAAGGGAUAAGUAAACAUGAAAUUCUAAAUCCUUGGAAGUUCUGGUUGCUCCUUAAGUGGUGUAAUCAAAUGCUGUGUGGACCAGGAACCAUCAGAGGGAGCCAUUGAUCUGUAAUCACACUGAUUCUAAAAAUACAAUUCUUAUAUUUAUCAUUAAUAGCUUACAUAGGUCAGAUGCACGGAGACUGUAACAAUCUCUCUUUGGUUCAGAGAUGAUUUAAUUUGUACUAAAUGCUUGUUUAUCCAGAACCUGCACAUAUUGUUAUUAUUGCCAUUUAUAUAGCGCCCGUUUGUAACAGUGCUGUUUAUAUCAAUUUAUUAGUGUCCGCUCCACCCUCCAGUAUCUCAUAGACUGCUAUUAAUGUCAGGUUACCUGACAUUUGGCUCAUUGAUAAAACUAGUUUAUUUGUGUCUCUCAUUCUGACUACCUUCAGGUUGUUGGUGUAUUCAGGACAGAAAGUAAUGUAUCAAAAGCAUCCAAGCGUGAGGAAGGUGAAGCAGAGACUAACUCAGUGGAAUCAGUGGGAUUCUGUAACGUGUAAGUAGGUCACAUUGCAAGUGAAAUCUUGCAGUAAACUAAUCUGUGUGCAUCACUUUGUAUGAACUAUUACAUGUGAAAGCAUGCAGUAAACUAAUCCGUGUGCAUCACUUUGUAUGAACUAUUACACGUGAAAUCUUGCAGUAAACUAAUCCGUGUGCAUCACUUCGUAUGAACUAUUACAUGUGAAAUCUUGCAGUAAACUAAUCCGUGUGCAUCAUUUUGUAUAAACCAUUACAUUUGGAAUGUAAAGACUUAUAGAAAAACAAUGGUUCAAUUUUUUUUAAUUUUUUUUUGUUCCAUUUUUUUUUAAAGCAUAGAUUCAUUAACACCGGCCUGUUUUUUCCAUGAAUUUGCACCCAACCAGUGUAACUACUGCUUAGAUGUCACGAGGCUUAUCCCUUUUAAUGUUUGUGUUUAUUUGCAAAACACUUAAUCAGGUUUUGUCAUGGUGGCCAAUACCUCUCCAUGAUGACAUUAAUGAAUGCAGAGCUGAUGCAGACACUUUGCUUUAAUCCGUGCUCCCUUUAUGCAGGCUUCCACUGGCGGCUGUUGGUUAUUUAGAUGGUACAUUGGCUAUUUAUGAUAUCUCCACUCAAACUCUUCGACAUCGGUGUCAGCACGAAGUGAGUGAACUCCUACAGACUAAGUAGGCACAAUCUUGAGUCCUAGAACCCAGAAUUUGUUUAAAUCUGCAUAUGCAAAAAGAUAAAAAAAAAUUAAUUGAAGAUAUGCCUUAAACUUGUGAUUUAGAUUGUUCCCCACCGCCUGAAAAUUUUAAAACUGAACUUAUCGCUCCCACCUCUUCAAACCUUGCGUUAUAUGUAUUGAGAGCAUGUCUCUAAUGUUCUCCCUUGUUCUCUUUGUAGUCUGGAAUUGUGCGACUCCUAUGGGAAGACAAUUCACCAGUGGUCUAUACAUGCAGCUUGGAUGGAGCUGUCAGACUUUGGGAUUCGAGGUCAGGAAAAAUGAUUAGUGAAUAUUGUGGCCACACAGCUGAGAUUCUUGACUUUGCACUUAACAAGUAAGUAUUCAUCUUCACGAUAAUUUCUAACUCAAUAACAAUGAGUUUAGCUGUAAUUUAUCACUUCAAACGUGACUGUUUUAAAGUUACUUUUAAAACUAUAAAGAAUUUGUCAGCUCUUUCAGCAACCAAUUCAGAAUCCACGGUAUAUCGAAUAUUUUUAUUUGAGUAUUAAUAACUAAAUAACCAGUUAGUCAUAUUUAUUUUUGGCUAACUCAAUGUGUACGCAGUUUUGUCUAGAAAUGCUUUGAGCGACUAUCUGCCAUUCUAAGUCCAGUAAAAAACAAAUGCACACAAAUUGUUUCAGUAAGUCAGCACUUAUGGAACUCGCUUUUAUACGAAAUAGUUUCUUUGGUUUAGGAGAAAUCAUUACUACUUUAUACAAAACAAAUCUUUUUUUUUUCCUAUGCAGAGAGGCUACUACUGUAGUGACGGCAUCUGGAGACCACAAGGCGAAGGUUUUCUGCGUGCAGCAGCCAGACCGUUAAGACGCAUGUGCCCCCGCGUUCGUGUUCCAGAGAGAACACAAGCUCUAUGGGACUGUUGAUGUAAUCGUUACUACAUAAAUAUAUUUGGAUGCGUGUGUAUUUUUCAUACAGGCAAAUAUGUCCCGAGGUGUAUAUACACGUACAUAGGUGCACGUACCUCUCUCAUGUUGGGCGGCCUGCGCACGUGAAGGAGGGGACAAAAUUAUUGUCAAAAAUGGAAUGAAUUUGCACAAAAUCACUUCUUCAAAUAAGUUUUUUAUUUUAUUUGUAAGGCGUAAAGGGCUGUUAAGAAUUGUCCUUAUGUGCAAUAAAGCACACAGGCUUCCAUAUUGCCUAAAACAAAGAUAGAUUUGAGGACAACCUGUGAUAUUUUUAGAGAGAAAAAACAUUUGUAAUAAAUUUUGUCGGCAUGUUGGAUAUGCAUCUAGGUUUAAUUUCUUUUUGAAAAAUCUUGUUGAAAUUUAGAGGAAAUGCAACUUUAAUAUAUCUUCCAAAACUAGCCAUUAAUGAAUUAGGAAGGGUUUGUUUGAAUUGAUGGUGAGAAGUCUUUCUAGCCCGUUCAUCACUUAUGGCGCAUACUGUGCAGUCAGGAGACCCAGAAGGCAUGAUAUCUUGUGACAGUUUGUAACACUGCUGUAUUGUAAUAUGCCCCGGGAUAAUAUCAUGUUUAAUAUGCAUUCUUUUAAAUUAAUACUUGCAUUUCUUAAUACAUACAUGUUGCAAAACUGUAUUCUUGAUGGCAUGCUUAAUGAGCUAGAGGUUUCAACUUACCUAAGAUAAUUUCUUAGAAGACUUUGCAAAAAUUAUUCUGAGGUCUAAUAACAAGAUGAAAAGUUAGCAAAAAUGUAAAAUGGAUUUUUCAGCUAGUGUUUGGGGGGAGGGGAGAAUGUGGAAUUAGUCUGAAAUUAUUUAUCAAGAACCCCAUUCACAUGAAUUCUUCUGUACGUUUACAAAUGCUCAACUGUUCUUUAUUUUCUAAGGAAACAAGCAUUUACCAUAGCCUGAUAUGGAUUCUGACCAUUCCAUCAAGAUGCAAAUCUGCAUCUUCACCACCACUCCUUUCACAUUUGUGUAGCCCUAUCCCCUCAGACCCACACUACCUGGAAAAGCUUUUUCUGUCCUCUCUCUGGAUGGGACUUUGACAUGUUUAACUGUUUGAUUUAACCCUGAAACAUGGAGAUGUAGGACAUACUAUAUUGGAUGUAAGAAGGGGAUGCCUAGUAAAAAUCUCACUGCAGCGUUUAUCCAACUAAUAAGUGCUAAACCAUUUUUUUUAAGGCACCACUAUCAUGUAGUGUUAAGAACAUAUUUGUACUGACACAAUCUUUCUUUGUGCUUUUUAACAGGGCAUUUCCCAGUGUACAUCUGAACGUGUCUUACUUGUUUAUUAUAUAUCUUUGUAAAUUGACUUACAACUGGUGCAGGACUCCUGAUACAGGCUUAUUACACAAACUCCUUUUUGCAUAAAAAGUUUGAGGGUUGGGAGCGUAAAGUCCAUUAUUACAAACAUAUGAAGUGUUCAAAUGUAUUCAUUUAUUUUUCAUUUCUUCCUGAAAUGUUCUGUUUGCUGCAGUGUCACUGAGUUGCCCAGCACAUGGAGACCUUGUGACUGUCGAAUACUGUGUUUUGUUGCAUUGUAUAAAAUUGCGGCUAAAGAAUGAACCUUGGAACAAUCGUAACAUUGGACAAUGGCUCUUAUUGAUAUUCAGUUGUAGUUAAUUUAAACUUGCUCUGGUUUCGCUACAGUCCUUUGGCUGUAGUUUAACUGCUAUUAGAAAUUAAAGUAGUUAUUCACUUAAACCGUGAACUGUGAAUGGGUUCCGUCCCUGCAAGCUGGACUUAUCUUUGGAUAUUUAAUGUUUUGUAUAAACACCUUCACUUUUGGCCACACACUAGCUAAUGUACUGCCUCCUGCGUGCUGGUGAGAAAUGACUGCAAUUCCAACUGUGUUCUAUGAAAUAUUUAUAUUUUGUAAUUUCUGUAACUAUUGUGCAGCUCUUCACCAAAUUCUGCCCCUCUCUGUGACAUUUCUAUCUUAUUCUGAGAGUGCCUUAGUGCUUAUAAACCCUUGGUCGCCAAGAGGGGACAUCACAUAGGAAAAUGUCAAUGGUAGUAACUGGCGUUGGAGCAUGGCGGUUACCAGAUAAACCGCGGCAUUCUCUUCUGAUUUUAUAUAUAAAAUAUUUCAUGUAGAUAUCUGUUCUGGAGACAAUAAGCGCAAAAAGUGUGCAUUAUCCUGAGGAUUAUUAAACAGAGAACUUUCUUAAAGGAGAAAUGGUUUUAUUUUUUUGCAAUGUAUAUUCCCAUGUGCUGUAUUUGGAGUUUUACAGGUUACGUUAUUUCGGUGUAUAUAGAUUUCAUUAAUAUUGGACCCUCAUCC